CCUCUUAAUCUGCUUGGGUGUCACUGACCACAAACCUCAAAUGUCGUACUUGCAGGGACCUCGCAUUGACCUUUUAUAACGUCUCUCUCUCUCUCUCUCUCUCACUGGUAUUUGGUCAUGGUGGUUCGUGGGCAAGCUUUCUUGGUGGUAUUAAUGGCGUUUCUUGGAACCCAGUUGCCUUCAUUAAUGGCAGCAGAUUGCCCAUUGGACUUGAGUUCAUCAAACUUCACACUUGUGGCUUCUAUGUGCUCGAACAACAACGCCGAUCGAGGAAAAUGCUGCCGUUAUAUGAACGCUUUUCUCGCGGUAUCCAUCGCCCGUUAUGCGAAUUACACAACUGGUCUCGGGGUUACACCCGAUUUGUCUGAGAUCUGCCUUAGUUCCAUCUCUAGAUCCAUGGAACUAUAUGGAGUUCCCCGGAAUGCGACUGUUUUCUGUGGGUUAGGGACCAAGAUUCUCGUUAACUAUGAUUGUCAAGGCCGAACAACAGUAACCCAAAUGCUUCAGUCCCCGAGAUUUGGUGAAGUUUCGGGGAAUUGCAGACUCCCACUCUCAGGUGGAAAUGAAUGCAGGAAGUGCUUGAACUCCGCUAUCACGUACCUUCGGAACCUUAUAGGUGAAGAAACUAACGUUACUUUGAGUACUUGCCGUGAUGCUACUUACGUUGCAUUAGCAAGCCCGGCCGACAAUGCAUCAGCUCUUCUACUCGCUAGCUGUUUCUUUCAGGUCUCCGAGCUUAAUAUCCCUUCAGCUUCAGGAUCAUCGUCAUCUUCGAUAAGCCCGGGAGCUUCUACAAGUCCCGAUAUCGCUGUUAGCCCGAGCAGCAACUAUGUUAUCCAAUUGCCACCAAGUAAAAGCCAUCGAUCAUUCCACUUGACGGUAGUCCCCGUCAUUGGAAUCGCGGUUACAGCCACUGCCCUUAUGAUGCUUGUAAUCUUGAUAGUUCUUAUCCGUAGAAAAAGCCGGGAACUUGUUGACGACGAGAAGAAAGAUGGAAAUCCCACCAAAACUUUUCCUUCCCCGCGGCCCGUGUUGAAGCUUCACGAAGGCAAUUCUUCGGGUUUUAGGAGAUUCAACUUCAAGGAAAUGAAGAAAGCGACGGGUGAUUUCAACACCAUGAUCGGGCGAGGAGGUUUCGGGACCGUUUACAAAGCUGAAUUCAGCGACGGGUUUGUUGGGGCUGUGAAGAGAAUGGACAAGGUUUCCAAACAAGCAGAAGACGAGUUCUGCAGAGAGAUCGAGCUUCUCGCUAGGCUCCAUCACCGUCAUCUCGUCGCUUUGAAAGGUUUUUGCGUUAAAAAGAACGAGAGGUUUCUCAUAUACGAAUUCAUGGCGAAUGGAAGCUUAAAGGAUCAUUUACAUUCUGCAGAAAAACCUCCUCUUAGUUGGAGAACGAGAAUGAAGAUAGCAAUUGAUGUGGCCAAUGCAUUGGAAUAUCUUCAUUUCUACUGCGACCCGCCUCUAUGUCACCGGGACAUCAAGUCCAGCAACAUAUUACUCGACGACAACUUUGUUGCCAAGCUUGCUGAUUUCGGCCUUGCACAUGCUUCAAGAGAUGGCUCCAUUAGCUUUGAACCCGUUAAUACCGAUAUCCGAGGAACUCCCGGUUAUGUGGAUCCCGAGUACAUUGUAACUCAAGAACUGACAGAGAAGAGCGAUGUGUACAGCUAUGGGGUUGUGUUACUGGAAAUAAUAACGGGAAGAAGAGUGGUGGACGAGGGUAGAAACAUUGUGGAAACAUCUCAGCCUUUAAUGCUGCAGGAAUCGAGACACGGGGAUCUUGUGGACCCAAGAAUCGAGGACUGCAUAGAUGGGGAACAGCUCGAGACAAUGAUCACGGUGGUGAGAUGGUGCACGGAGAAAGAGGGACGGUUAAGGCCAUCGAUAAAGCAAGUACUGAGGCUGAUUUACGAGUGUUGUGACCCGUUGCAUAGCGGGUUUGAAAAGGCGGUAGAGGAGGAUGAAGGGAGAGGAGGAAGGAGGAGUGGCGGUGGCGGUAGGAAGAGACGGUCAGGGAGAGGAGAGGAUUCGUCGGGAUUUCAGAGUGGGGAUAUCAUCCGAGGCUUGCCUUCUUCGUCCAGCACGACUUCUCGGUCGCAUUGCAGCCGCAGUUUCCUGCUGGAGACGGGCUCUCCUACGAAUCAGGUCUCUUUCUGAGUCAUCCUUCUCCUCCUCCUGCUUCUGCUUCUGAAUAGUAUUUUUCUGGUUCUUUCUCAUUACAAUGUUAGAAACCAAACACAUUUUCUCAUAAUGCCAU